CGGAUGCGAAGAAACAAUAUCAUUUCUGGUUGUCUCUUAGGUGCCGGUGUUAUUAGUAUUUACGCUUACACCAUCCUGUCGGUCAAGCAGGAGAGUUUCUUGGACGACUUUGAUGAACCAGCGAAAAUCAUCGAGAAGUAGGAGAUAUGUCGGCAGCAACACACCUUUUACGUUUACCUCCCUUACCUACAAUAAAGGAUCUCAUUCGUUUGUAUAAAUUGAGGGCAUUGCGUCAGCUGUCUCAAAAUUUUCUUUUGGACGAACGUAUAACCGAUAAAAUUGUACGAGCUGCUGGAAGUAUAAGGAACCAUACAGUUUGCGAAGUUGGACCAGGACCGGGAUCGAUCACUCGUUCCAUAAUUCGCAAGGCACCAAGCAAGGUUAUCGUCGUUGAGAAGGAUCCUCGGUUUUUACCGACGUUGCAGUUGUUAGAGGAAGCUUGUCAAGAACAUCUAGAGCUGAAGAUUGAACUGGGUGAUAUUAGAGAUUACAACUUUGAAGAGGGCUUAUCAGGUAUUGCCAAAAGUGAUUGGCAUGACCACUGUCCGCCGAUUAAUUUAAUUGGCAAUCUCCCUUUCAAUGUCUCUACAAACUUGAUAAUCCGCUGGUUAAAAUCUGUAUCGGAAAGAAACUCUGCAUGGGCGUUCGGCAGGACACCAAUGACUUUAACCUUUCAAAAGGAAGUAGCCGAGCGUAUUAUUGCACCCGUGGGUCACAAGCAAAGGUGUCGUUUAUCUGUAAUGUGCCAAUUCUGGUGUGAGGCUGAUCACAAGUUUACCAUUCCUGGCCGAGCUUUUCUACCUAAACCUGAUGUGGAUGUCGGUGUCGUCACUUUAAUUCCACUCAAAGAUCCGUUGAUCAAGUUGCCUUUUAAGACGGUAGAAAAGGUGGUCAGGCAUGUGUUUAAUAUGCGGCAAAAAUUUUGUUGGCGCGGGGCCGAGUGUUUAUUUCCGAAGGAAUUGCGUGAUGAGUUGGGCCCAAAACUGUUCCAUUUGGCCGAUGUCAAUCAUAAACUGCGACCUUUCAUGUUAAGUAAUGAGGAGUUUGCUCGGAUUUGUUAUGCCUAUAAUGCGUUAUGUGAAGAACAACCGGAAUUGUGUAACUAUGACUACAGAUCACCUAAAAAUGUUGUUGCUGCUGUUGAAAUGUAGUGUUUUGUGUUUUUAUUAAAGGUCUUUAGUGUU